GUCUUCAUUAAACCGAGAGUCCAUUGUGUCACAUUGCUACAGUGUAUCACGCUUGUUUGAUGAGUGCGUUUCCGCUUCCGGUGACGUGUGAGAGAAAGAUGGCGGCGCGCGGAGGAAAACGUGCAGCGGAGCGAGCGGCACAAAAGAAGACGAAACGAGCGAAAUUAACCGGGAAUAAAACGCCACAAACCGAGAGAAAACCGAAGACCGUGACGUUUACCCUGGAGAAUGAAGAAGAAGCGAAUAAAAACAUCAUCAGCGUCCCGCCGCCCGUCAGCACGGGCAAAUGGACGAAUAAGGAGCGAGUGUUGGUGUUUUCUUCUCGUGGGAUCAGCUUCAGGACGAGGCACCUGAUGAUGGAUCUGCGGACCAUGAUGCCACACAGCAAAGCUGACACCAAGAUGGACAGAAAAGACAAGCUCUUUGUGGUGAACGAGGUGUGUGAAAUCAAAAACUGCAAUAAAUGCAUCUUCUUUGAAGCCAAGAAGAAACAGGAUCUUUAUAUGUGGAUCUCAAACGUCCCUCACGGACCGUCGGCCAAGUUCCUCGUACAGAACGUUCACACUCUGGCUGAGCUGAAAAUGACCGGAAACUGUCUGAAAGGCUCCAGACCGCUGCUGUCCUUCGACCCGAAAUUUGACAAGGAGCCGCAUUACGCGCUGCUGAAGGAGCUCUUCACUCAGAUCUUCUCGACACCUCGGUAUCACCCGAAGAGUCAGCCGUUUGUGGAUCACGUUCUGAGCUUCACCAUCGCUGAGCACAGGAUCUGGUUCAGGAACUAUCAGAUCAUCGAAGAAGAUGCGUCUCUGGUGGAGAUCGGCCCGCGGUUCGUCUUGAAUCUCAUCAAAGUCUUCCAGGGCAGCUUCGGUGGACCCACGCUGUACGAGAACCCUCACUUCCAGUCUCCGAACAUGCACCGGCGCGUGAUCCGACAGGCCACAGCGGCCCGGCAGAAGCAGCGGCAGACGGUGAAGCAGAUCCUGAAGGAGAAGCGCUCGGAGGAGAAGGAGGUGCUGGCGAGAGACGUGACGGACGACGUGUUCUCGACUCCAGCCGAGCCCAGAGAUCCCGCGGUCCAGCUGCAGCCUCCAGAACCACAGAGAUCCAAGAAGAAGCUGCGCCUCACAGAGCUGAAGAAGAGGACGCAGAUGAAGCGCACGGGCCGGAGAUAACCUCGCUGUAGAGAUCUGAUCCCAGACCUGAGGUUCUGCUUCCGCUGCAGGAAGGGUUUCUCUUUUGGGACAUUCUAAAACUCUUCACGUGGCUUAAUGCAUUAAAGCUGUGCAUGAUUAAUAAAGCAGAAACACAUUAUUAAUAAAGCAUAUAAUGUACAGACAAGCAGAUUAGAGCCAUAAUAUGAACGCAACGCGUUUAAUUACACAUUAAGCGUUUUCCUCCCACAGAAAACCGUUAUAAGGAAAACUCUACGUGGCUUAAUGUGUUAAGACAGUGUUUUUAAAAGACCUAACUCAGUAAACAUUAUAACUCAUACUAUGUUCAGACAAACUUGAGUUUGGUCUUUU